AUGACCGGCAGUUCAUGCAGUGCAAGUCUGAAAAGCGUAGAAGACCUGGCCCAGUGCCUCCAAUACCUGAGUGUCGGUCUCCAGGACCUGUCCAGCCGUUUCAACCAAUUCGCGGAGGGCACCCACUUGCACGACUCGGAUCGAGUUUUCGUCCACGACUGGCGUGUCCCUUUGGAAACCAUGGAGAAUUACACCCUGGGAGACCAGUAUACCUCGAAAAGAUUUUACAUCUCACCGGGAGGUUACCGCAUGUUCCUGACCAUGUACCCGACUGGGGAAGCGACCGAGAGCAGCGUUCUUCUACAAUACGUCAACAUUUUCGCGGGGAUAGCACGCGGAGUCAAUGACAAUUACCUCUCCUGGCCCUUCGUGCUCAAGUAUCAGCUGAUCCUGUUGGAUCAAACCGAAGACGAUCCCGUGGAUGUGGAAUACGCGGUCGAUCCUCGUCGGAGCUGCCUCCAGUCGGGCGGAAACGUCGGGCAUGCCUUCACCAAACCCGUCACUCCGUUCAACGGAGGCUUGAAAUGCGGAACGAGAAUCCUGAUGAAGAGAGAAGAGAUCUUCACCCGUAAUUACAUCAAGGACAACCACCUCGUCUUUCGACUGAAGGUCUUCCUUGCAUAG